CGAUCGGCCUCGCGCGGCUCCGGGGAUGGAGCUGGCCCUGGCGGAGCUCCCGAGCCCUGGUCCCCCGCCGCCGCCGCUCACCCUCCGUCCGCCCACCCGGGAGCAGAGCGAACCCCCCUGUCUGUCCGGGCUCCGGCCCACGGGUCCUUCAGCGGGUCCGAGCCGAUGCUCUCGCACGUGCCCGCCUCGCGGCGGAGGAGGAGGGCGGGGAGAGGGUGGCGGUGAGGGCAUUUGCAGAGAGGACGCUGCCGCUGCUGGGUAGCUGGAGGCCGCCACGGAGACAGGUUCACUGAUGGCUCAGUUGGGAGCAGUUGUGGCCGUGGCUUCCAGUUUCUUCUGCGCGUCUCUCUUCUCGGCUGUACACAAGAUAGAAGAGGGACAUAUUGGAGUGUAUUACAGAGGUGGUGCCCUGCUGACCUCCACCAGUGGCCCCGGUUUCCAUCUCAUGCUCCCAUUCAUCACAUCCUAUAAGUCUGUACAGACCACUCUCCAAACAGAUGAAGUGAAGAACGUACCCUGUGGGACCAGUGGUGGUGUGAUGAUCUACUUUGACAGAAUUGAGGUGGUGAACUUCCUGGUCCCAAAUGCAGUGUAUGAUAUAGUGAAGAACUAUACUGCAGACUAUGACAAGGCCCUCAUCUUCAACAAGAUCCAUCAUGAGCUCAACCAGUUCUGCAGCGUGCAUACGCUCCAGGAAGUCUACAUCGAGCUGUUUGAUCAAAUUGAUGAAAACCUCAAGUUGGCCUUGCAACAGGACCUGACCUCCAUGGCCCCGGGGCUUGUUAUCCAGGCUGUACGCGUGACAAAGCCCAAUAUUCCUGAGGCCAUCCGCAGGAACUAUGAGCUGAUGGAAAGCGAGAAGACGAAGCUUCUCAUUGCAGCCCAGAAGCAGAAGGUGGUGGAAAAGGAGGCAGAAACAGAGAGGAAGAAGGCCCUCAUUGAGGCAGAAAAAGUGGCCCAGGUUGCAGAAAUCACCUACGGGCAGAAGGUGAUGGAAAAGGAGACAGAGAAGAAGAUUUCAGAAAUUGAAGAUGCCGCCUUUCUGGCCCGGGAGAAGGCGAAGGCCGACGCUGAGUGCUACACCGCUCUGAAGAUAGCAGAAGCCAAUAAGCUCAAGCUGACCCCAGAAUAUCUGCAGCUGAUGAAGUACAAGGCCAUUGCUUCCAACAGCAAGAUUUACUUUGGCAAAGACAUCCCCAACAUGUUUAUGGACUCCGCAGGUGGUCUGGGCAAGCAGUUUGAGGGGCUGACUGACAGGCUGGGCCUCAGCUUAGAAGAUGAGCCCCUCGAGGCCACCACAAAGGAUGAUUGAAAAAAAAAAUGUAUACACCCUCUGAUGUGACGCUUAGAGAGAGCUUUAUUUUUUAUGAUGAAACAGAGCGCUCCUCCUUUCCACGCUACCUUUGACUCUUCAAGUUACUGUGGUAAGGAAGAAGAACCUACCCCCUUCUGGGAAGGGAGAGCAGAUGGAGAAUUGUUUUUUUGAUUUUAUUUUUAAUUCAGGUAAGUAGGUUAUAUGACUUCUGGUAAGGUGUGUACACCAUAGAUUUGACCCUUGACCUGCAGGCACCAACUUUGUCCCUUUGAAGCUGGCUUAACUGGGGAUGAUACUAUUGGGAAGAAGUUAGAUGUGGCUGCUGCUUCCUCGUGGUUUGAUUUCCUUCCUGGGAAAAUGUGUUCCACAGUUGUCUCCCCAGCCCAGGCAUCUGGAACAUCGGCUGCAGAGAGCAGUGGCCUGCUGCUUUUUAACAGUGGGGGUGGGUUAUCCUGGAGUUAAGCUGGGUUGGGGCCUCCUUAGGAAGAACCUGGUGCUAGGUUUUUGCAAGAUUUUCUAUACACUGUACUCUUGCCCUCCUGUUUUCUGACUGUCUCACCGCAGCAGGGCUCAGUCACCCCACACGCUCCUUUUUCAGAAUUUUCACCUGAUCUGUGAUUUGAUAUCUUCAAUAAUCUAUCCAUUGGUUCCACUCAGCAUCAAGAUGGGAACAAACAAAUGUCAUACUAGCUGAUGAAGGAGGCCCCUCAUACCCAUUAGGCACCGUGGUGCUAUUUGGCUCCUUACAUGUAUACUUUUAUCAUUGUGGAGAUUCUUCAUUGAAGAGCUCUUGACACUGGAGGAGAAGGGCCAGCCAGUCAACAUCCAGGUAGUAGGCCUAUGGCCUGUGCUGGGCAUUUAUCCGACACACUGAUAAAGGCAUCUUUUAAAUCCAGAGAACAGGCGGCUGCUUGGGAGUCGACUCCCGAGCAGCUACACAAAUGGAAGUCAGAGUUGAUGCCCAAGCCCCAUGGGCUGCACUGAAUCCCCACGCCUUGUUUUUCACUGCCAGUUAGGAAAACAGUGAGUCACCCUGGGGGACUUAGGAUGGGAAGAACAAAUAGGAAAGAACGGUAUUUCUUAGAUCCUGCAGUUGGCCCAGGCGGGGGCAGGGCUGCAACUUGGAUGGCCUGUGAGUGCUGCACACUGUGGCAGGCAACUGCAGAGUUCAUUUGCCGCCAUGGUGGUACCCUGUGUAACCGUGCUUGGCCUAGUUAUUAGCUGCACCCCUCACCCCAUAUUCCCCCACACACAAAGCACCUACCAUUAUCUUUUAGGUGAAUACUGUAAAUGAUAUUUGCUGGCAUCCAUCCUCAUUUUUGGUUUUAUAAGUCAGGCCAGUUUUGCUCCUAAGUGGCACCAGGCUUGUCAGGUAUGUGGGUAUCAUUUGGCCUGCCUAGAAGGAAGCACUGUGUUAGUUCUGCUUACUUCAGAUGUUGCCCUUCUCUGUUCUAACUCCUCAUACUGAGAGUUCUCAAGCCACUGGUCCUGGCCACACUUUGUACAGACUACAGAAUGUUCCUGGAAAGGAUAGAUGUUAAUGUGCUCAAAAGUUCUUGCAAAAGUAGAUGUUAAUAUGCUCAAAAGUUCUUGCAAAAGUGGGUUCUUUUUCCCCCAAGACUAACUCAUCUUCCCACUUGCUGCUGUUGAUCCCUCGUUGAGAGCAACAUGCUGUACCCAGCAUCCCCUCUUCCUCCUCAGGCUCAGAAACACUAUUUCAUGGGAGUCAAUCUGUCUGCUGCUCCAUUCAGGUUGCUCGUCCCUCCAUCACAAAGAGCCUCAAUAAAGUCCUGCUGCAAGUGUUGCUUCCCACCCCUUGAAUGUCACUGACAAAACACGUUAAUGUUCCCAUGUCGCUAACAGAAACUCAGUAGUUGUUGGUAUCUGUCCCUGCAGUAAAAUCAUGGAAUUCAGCUGUCUUUUUAGCAUGGGAUCCUAGUCCAUCUGUCGGUAUGACUUUGUUUUUUGUAAUACUAGAAAAUCCGAUUGUAAAGCACUUAAAUUCGAAACAUAAAAUGUGAUAAGCCUGCAGUUUUGUAGGCAGUGAAGUCAUGGCUGCUAUUUAUAUAGAGAACUUAUAUCAAAAUAAGUAACUGUUUGUAAAAUUCAGUUUUGUAGGAUUUUCCCAAGGCGCAACUACCUUGGUAGAAUGUUUCUCACUCACUAAACUUGCAGAAGCAAUUCAUAUUCAGAACAGUUUUUAAAUCACUUUUCAAUAUAUGGUCAGAAUGUUUGUAAGGAAACCUAAGUUUGAUAACUUUUUUAUAACUAAAAAUAGAUGUAAAGGAGUCAGUGUGGUUGCUGAGUUGAGGAGGAGGGAACCACUGAAUGAGGCUGAGUAAUACAGUGAUAUAAAAAAGGGAGAUGUUUCAUAAAUGAUUUGUGGGUCUGUAUGUGUCUUGUAAGAGAGCCAUAUUUACUGACCUGGACUAUCGUAAGUUGGAAUUUGAUAAACUGUAUGUUGACAAGUAGCUCCUCUGUCUGUAAACUUCACCGAUUUUGUUGUCUACAGUUGGGAUUCUAGCCUCUUCGUUUCCUUAUAAAAGCUGUAAUGGGCAAUCACGUGUCUGUACUUUCCAUCCCUUUCUAUCUCUGCUUCUUUGUAAACUGGUGAGCAGUUGUUUCAGUGUGCCCCAAGGGCAUUAGUGAGCCUUUGUAACUGAAAAAUGAUUCUUGUUACGUUAAUCAUUCCAUAAAAGAUGCUAGAUUAAUUACCUUGGGUUAACAGCUCCAGGAAUUGUUUAGAAACACAAAAGGUCUCGUGUGAAUGUACUUACAUCUUGGAUUUAAUUUCAGUCUUGCUAAAUAAAAUGUCUUUGUCUUUA